CCCACUCUCCCUCACUUCCUGUUUCCUGUGCUCGGCUCAUAACAAGCGUGUUUGAGGACAGUCGUCCUCUGGACCUCAGGGAUCAGCAGGUGAGACGUUCACUGAUCAGCAGGUGGCGACACACUGUUGUGGAUCACUUUCCUGGAUGCUAUGGCAGAACCAGGACCAGGACCAGGACCAGAAUGGGGCGGGACUCAUGUGGACUCUCUGACUCCAGGUUGUUCCAGUCUGACCACAAAGCAGCUGCAGGAGAAUCUACGGGCUGUGAAGCGGCAACAGCGCCCCCUCAGGCUGCUGUUUGAAAUCCCAACAUCUCGUGUCAUUGAACAAACUCUGUCGAAACACGUGGUGAGAGUCUUUGUUUGGACAGGAUCUGCAGAACCUCCUCACCUGGCGCCGCUCUGCGCUGGCGGACGGUUGACACUGGAACAACUGCAGCUAGUUUUAGAGAUGGAGGAGAAGCUGUUGCCAUGGCAAAGCCCCGCCCUCAUCGUACCCACCCUCUCCGCCCUCGCCGUCUGUUACCGUGACCUGGAGUGUGCGGAGCAGGCGUUUGCUGCGGCACAGAGGGCGCUACCUGUGGUCAGACGCUACGGACUGGACCGCCACAGGGUGGCGCUCUUAGACCUGCUGGUGGACGUGGGCUAUGAACUGGGCCGCCCGGUGGCUCAGGUGCAGGAGGAGCUGAUGAGGCUGAAGGACACAGAGAGAGGACAGGUGUCUCACUCCCUGAAGGAGCUGGUGGUUCAGCAGUUUCUCUGAGCAGCCACACGGGGGCAGGAGACACCACCAACCAAUUUAAACAAUGUGGACUAGGUCUGGGUCAGUGAGACUCUGGUUCUGGUUCAACUUUCAACCAUUGGUGUGUGUGUGUUCUUGUAUGUGCAUCUUUGUGAGUUAGGUUAUGGAUAGGCUAAAAUAUAAAAACAAGUUUGUGUGGGUGUGUUACUGCGGUCAAGUGAGCCGCCAUUCGUCUUCGCGUGGUCAAGUGAGCCGUAAUUCGUAUGAUGAUGAGCCGUAAGUACGCCUUUGUAGUCGAACUGACGGUCGACUGAGAAUGUCAGUGCUAGUUUGAUACCGAGCGAGAUCGGUUUUCAAAAUAAGACGUUACUAAUACAAGUGCAAUCAAUCGUGCUGAUUUUAAUACAUUGGAUCACAUUGUCCAGAAGCUUUUGAACGAAAUAUUUUCCCUAAUUUAUUUAGAUUUUUACUGUACUGUACAAUAAA